AUGCACCGACAGGAAAGACACAACAUAAUAGCCCAACCCUCUCCCUACAUACCCCCCGAACUCGUCGAACACAUCAUCGACUUCAACUUCGCCGACACGGCCACGCUCAUCGCCAGCAGCCGCGUCGCGCGCGCCUGGGCCCCCGCCACCCGGCACCACCUCUUCUCCUCCCUCAACCUCAAAUCCGCCCCGCGGAUCCUCGCCUUCGCCGACAUCCUCCGCGCGUCCCCCUCCCUCGCGCGUGCCGCCCGCGAGGUCCGGAUCCCCGCCUGGCUGAGCAAGCUCCCCACACGCACCGCGCUCUCUCAGAUAUUCGAACAGCUCCGCCGAGGAGGCGGGGUGAAGUGCGUGCGGUGCACGGGGCAGCAGCUCCAGCCUGUGUGGUACGAGCUCCUCGGCUCGCUCCACUCCGUCGAGUCGGUGAAGCUGAAGGCGACGUGGUGCGACCUCGACGCGCUGGACGGGCUGCUGCGCGCGUUCCCGCGGGUGCGGGACGUGUUCGUCGAAACGCGCAUGCUCUCGGGGGUGGGCGACGUCUCCGCGCCGGCCGCGGCGGUCGUUCCGCUGCCCGAGCUGAGGCGGAUGGUCGUGUUCAACGCGAGCGGUCUGCCGAACGACUUUCAGUCUAUAUUGCUGAGACAGGGCUUGCCCCGCCUCGAGAGCAUCGAGGCGCAGUUCGGCUCGGUGGAGGACGUCGUGCGGUUCCAUGAGUUCCUGGACAAAGGUGGGUAUGAGACUAUUAAGGACCUGCACAUGGACUUCACCUACGAAUGCCCGGUCGACCCUUCGCAUGAUGCUAAUGCCACUCUGCUUCUCAGUGAGAGCGUGCGGAAGUGUAACCUUCGCAGCCUGGGCCUCAAGUGCGAUCAUGACUUUGCGAGGAUCUGGGAAGCUACGCAGGAAGCUCUGCAAGGUUCAAGACUUCAAGUAUCAAGCUUUCGGGACCAACGAUUGGACUUCUAA